ACAAGGACCCUCUGGCUCACAAGAAGGUCUCCAGUUUGACCAUAAACUUUGGGCCCCAGCACCCGGCUGCACACGGGGUCCUGCGGCUGGUCAUGGAGCUGAGCGGGGAGACGGUGAAGAAGUGUGACCCCCACGUUGGCCUCCUGCACCGAGGCACCGAGAAGCUCAUUGAGUACAAGACGUACCUCCAGGCACUGCCCUAUUUCGACCGUCUCGACUACGUCUCCAUGAUGUGCAACGAGCAGGCCUAUUCCCUGGCCGUGGAGAAGCUGCUCAACAUCCGCCCGCCUCUGCGGGCUCAGUGGAUCCGAGAGGGGCUGGAGGUCCUCACCCCCUGCGCUCCCUCUGCCCCCAGUCCUGUUUGCGGAGACCUGCCCCUGGGGCUGAUGGACGACAUCUACGAGUUCGUGAAGAACUUCUCCAUGCGGAUAGACGAGGUGGAGGAGAUGCUGACGAACAACCGCAUCUGGAAGAACCGCACAGUCGACAUCGGGGUGAUAACGGCAGAAGAGGCUCUCAACUACGGGUUCAGCGGGGUGAUGCUCCGGGGCUCGGGGAUCCACUGGGAUCUGCGCAAGACUCAGCCCUACGACGUCUACGACCAGGUGGAGUUCGACGUCCCCAUCGGCUCCCGGGGCGACUGCUACGACAGGUACCUGUGCCGUGUGGAAGAGAUGAGACAGUCCCUCCGUAUCAUCCUUCAGUGCCUCAACAAGAUGCCUGAGGGGGAGAUCAAAGUGGACGAUGCCAAAAUCUCCCCUCCGAAGCGGGCAGAGAUGAAGACCUCCAUGGAGUCCCUCAUCCAUCACUUCAAGCUCUACACAGAGGGCUACCAGGUGCCCCCCGGAGCCACCUACACGGCCAUCGAGGCCCCCAAGGCCCUGAUGGAGCCGGAGCUCUGCUACGUCCUGGACGCCAUCCUCUUCCUCUAUGGCAUCGUCCUCACCGUCCUCUAUUGCCGCCUCAAG